AUGACAACGCAGGCGUCUUCCCUCAACAUUUCUAAAAAGCGUAAAUUCGUCGCCGAUGGCGUCUUCUUCGCCGAGUUGAACGAAAUGCUCGUUCGUGAACUCGCCGAGGAUGGCUACUCUGGAGUUGAAGUUCGAUCGACGCCGGUGAAGAUGGAAAUCAUCAUUCGCGCGACGAGAACGCAAAACGUUCUCGGUGAAAAGGGUCGCAGAAUCCGUGAAUUGACUUCGUUGGUCCAAAAGAGAUUUGGUUUCGCCGAAGGCGCGGUCGAGUUGUACGCCGAAAAGGUUGCCAACCGUGGUUUGUGCGCCAUCUCGCAGUGCGAGUCUUUGCGAUACAAGUUGCUGGGCGGCUUGGCAGUCAGAAGAGCGUGCUAUGGCGUCUUGAGAUUCAUCAUGGAAAACGGCGCAAAGGGCGCGGAGGUCAUCGUCUCUGGUAAAUUGAGAGGUCAAAGAGCCAAGGCUAUGAAGUUUAAGGAUGGUUACAUGAUUUCUUCGGGUAACCCGGUUCGCGAAUACAUUGUUAGUUCGACGAGACACGUCUUGUUGAGACAAGGCGUCGUCGGUAUUAAGGUGAAGAUUAUGCUUGAUCACGAUCCGAAGGGUAGAAUGGGUCCGAAGACGCCGAUUCCGGAUACCAUUAUCAUUAAGGAGCCGAAGGAGGAUGAGAACAUGGCUAAGCCAAUCAUCGGAGCGGAAAACUAA